AUGCGAUGUCGAACCCCUGAGUGCAAUCGCGGCUGCGAUGUGGCCGAUUGUGUGCAAGAGAUGAUGGAAAAGGAUCAAAGCCCCUGCUACGAGCUAGAGUUGAUGCGCGCGGUGCGAAACGGAAAUUUGGAGGGUGUGCGCCAUGCCAUCGCGAUGAAGGCAGAUGUGAAUGUGCGGCAGCCUUUGAAGCUCAUUACCAUUGAUCGCUACCAAUCUGGAGAACCCAUCCACAACUGUGGCCUCACACCUUUGAUGUAUGCAGCCAGCAACGGCAAAGCCAGUGUCAUUCGGGCUUUACUCAGUGCAGGGGCUCGUGUGGAUGAUACUGACGAGCGUGGCGUGACUGCCCUGCAUCUGGCGGCCGCCUCUGGGGACAUCCAUGGCUUCCGAGAGAUCAUCGACGCCAAGGCCAAGACCAAUUUGAUCACAGAAGAAGGUGAGAAUGUUUUGGACUUUCUACCACGCGAAGUCUUGGAGGACAAGGAGCUCUACUCGCAGUUCAAGGCGCUGUUGCCUGAUCUCGACGAGGUGGUGAAGCUUUGUCAGGUGGUUGGCGUCUUCCCGGGCGCACGCAUGAACGACGGAACGGAGGAAGUUCUGGAGGGCGGAUCGAUGGAAGAGCUGGAUGUGGAUGUCGAGAUGUUGAACUGGGAGGCCGUUGUGCAUUGUUUGUGGGCCAUGCUUCGUUAUUUUUUCACCACCCCCGGCUCCGGGUCGUCACGGCGCGGCGCCGAUGAGGACUGUGCUCAGCACCUGACGCCCCGAGUUGAGAAGACCUGGCGACAGCUCUACUCUCAGAAGUAUCGCAGUGUGUUGGAUUUGGUGAGCAAGAAGGCCAAGCGAAAAAGACAACUGUGGACGGAUUGCUGGAGAACCAGCCAUUUUGGUCCCACAGAGGCACAAGCAGAGUCCCCUUCGAGCCAGGCAGAUCAUUCUGUCCUCCGGUUGCUUCAAAUCUCCCAGCAGCAUAUUGAGAGCCAGCCGAGGGGCCCGGCUGGAAUGGAGCAUUCGUCUAUUUUGCAUGAAGCAUCCUGA